AUGCAGGGGGAUCAGCAACUUGCUGCUGCUGCAGCACCCCCUGCUGCAGCAGCACCUGGUGCUCCAGCACCACCUGGUGCUGCAGCAACAACGCCCGUUACAGCUCCUGCUGCACCGCUCGUCACACCAGCUGCUGCAGCAGCAGCAGCACCUGCUGCAGCAGCAGCAGCACCCAUCACAAUGGGGGCGGCACCCGUUGCCCCAGCAGCAGCAACAGCAGCAGCACCUGCAGCAGCAGCAGCAGGAGUAAUGCAGCCUGGCUUUGCCCCGUUGGAAGUCUCUGCUGCACCGCACGACGGAGCAGCACAGGGAGCAGCAGCAGCAGCAGCAGCAGCAGCAGGAGGAACAGCAACAGCAGCAGCAUCAACAGCACCGCAGCUACCUGCCUCUGCUAGCCGACUAGCGCAGCUGUUCCCAGCAGCAGCAGCAACGCUGCAGCACUUCGUAAUGAACAUUGACCGCUUCUGUGAAGGCCCCGGCAGCAGCAGCAGCAGCAGUAGCAGCAGUAGCAGCAGCAGCAGUAGUAGUAGUAGUACCCUUAGCUGCAUGAGCAUCGGCAGCAGCAACACCAUUUCAACGGAAGGUGCCUCGGAGCGGCUUGCUGCUGCUCGGCGUUGCUGUGCUGCGCUGCAGCAGAUAACAGCAGGAGAAGCAGCAGCAGGUAGUGCUGCAGCAGAAGCAACAGGGGGCCUUAACUAUGGCAGUGCAGCAGCAGCUGCUGCUGCUGAAGCUGCUGCUUUGCUGCUGCCCGCUGUGCUGCAGCUGCUGCAGCAGCUCGAGAUUGGUAGCAGGGAAGGCGAGCCGCAUGCGCUGCAGCAGCAGCUGCUGCUGCUGCUGCGCGCUCUCGCUGCUCCUGCUGCAGCACCUCUUGUCUUUUCACCGCAGCAGCUUGCUACGCUUACACCGCAGCAGCAGCAGCAGCUAAUCAACCAACAUGCUACACUGCUACCAAUAUAUGAGAAGCUGAUUGGGGCAAUAGAGAGGCAGGUGGAGACAUACAAACAAACAGGAGUCCUACCGAAGGCUGGCGAGCUGCCUCUUGGGAGCGUGAAGCGAGACAGCGGACAAUUAACACCAGCAGAGUUUUCAGUGCGAGUUGGCGGUGAUGCCGCCUACUGCAUUAUUGCUUUAAACGCAAAGCUGAGGACGCUAAAGAACAGGGCUGCAGGCGACAGCAGCAGCAGCAGCAGCAGCAGCGGGACACUGGAAGCCUUUACAACAAAGGCGCUGCAGCAGCUGCCGCAGGUGAUGGUUCGGCUGCUGCAGGCCCUCAAGCCUCCGCUCUUCUUGAAGCGAAAGACUGUGCAUGAGGCAGCAAAGUUGUUAGCGGCGUCGCCCUUUGUAGGGUUUUUAAAUCCGGUGGUGGAGCAGCUGAUGGCUUUAGAGCUCGCGGUUUUCGCAGAGCGCAUCGAUUCCUGCCUGCUCAGGGUGUACACGAUAUGCCAUCUCCACGACUUUUUGCUGAUAUUUCCUUCGCCUAUUUGCGUCUCUCUCUCUUUGCUGCUGCGGAUUGUACGGUGGUGCGGUUUGCUGCUGCUGCAGACGAGGUCUCAUUUAUCUGCAGCAGCAGCAACAGCAGCAGCAGCAGCAGCAGCAGCAGCUCUUAAGUCGUUUGAAAAGGAAGAGGGCGGCGCGUUCGAUGCUGCUGCUGCAGCAGCAGCAGCAGCAACAACAACAGCAGCAGCAGGAGAAACAGAACGUAGCGGGGGCCUUGGAGCAGCAGCAGCAACAGCAGCAGCAGCAGCAACAGGAAGCACUCUUCUUGCUGAUCUCAGCAUCCGCCACCUCGUUGCGAAGCUUUUAAACUUCGUAUGUGACUUGGCUGUUAAUAAAUAUGCAGAUGCAGCAGCAGCAGCAGCAGCAGCAGAAGCAGCAGAUGCAGCUGCAGCAGCAAACACAGGAGAGACUGAACCCGCAGCAGCAGCACAAACGCCUGCGCCGACAGCAGCACAUGCAGAUGCUGCUGCUGGCGCAGCAACAGAGACUUCAGGAGCACAUGCAGCAGACGCAGCGCAAGAUGCAGCAGCAGCAGGAACAGCAGCAGCAGCAGCAGGAUGCCCAGAUACCGCAGCAGAAGCAUCUCGGGGGCCAGCAGGCGCUGCUGCAGCAGCAGCAAAGAGUAGCAGCAGCAGCAGCAGCAAGGAGACAAUACAGCGCAUGCAGCAAGAGACGAUGGAUUUGCUGCUGCUGGCUCUGCGUAUCCUUUGCUCUUCACUGGUGGAGCUUCAGGCAGAAAUACCUCACAUGCACGCAGCUGCUUGCAGCGACGGAGUUGAAGAUGCUGAGAGCAGCAGCAGCAGCAGCAGCAGCAGCAGCAGAGUGUAUUUUUAUCCCCCGGCAGUGCCGUUGCCUGGCGUUGGGGGCGCAGCAGCAGGAGCAGCAGCAGCAGCAGCUAAACCCCUGACACCGCAGCAGCAGCAAGUCUAUCAAGGCUUCUUGAGGGAGACGAAGAGCCUCCUGCGCAGCACUUGCAUAGCCUUGCGCUGUGUUGUCUACCAGCUUGUGGUGCUGCCGCUGCAGCAGCAGCAGCGCCGCCAGCAGCAACAGCAGCAGCAGCAGCAGCAGCAGCAGGGGGCUGUAGGCUCUUCUUCGUUUUCCGCUGCUGCAGCAGCAGCUAGCAGCAGCAGCAGCAGCAGAACAUCAUUUGAUGUUAGGCUGCUGCCCUAUGGGCAGAUGCUUCCUCCGGGCUAUCGAGGGUUGCUAGCAGAUGCCUUCUAUGCUACUGUAGGAAGUGCUCUUACUUAUGCGAAGUGCUUUGCAUAUGCUGCAACCUCGCGGCUGCAACACCACGUAGAAGAAGGAGGCAUCGGCUGCACCCUCAUUGCUUUGCCGCCAACAUAUCCCUUAGCGGGUUCCUUGUUCAAGGGUAUACCUGAGGCUGUGGAGGUGUUGGGUUUAAAUGUUGCACAAGUUGAAGAGAAGGAGCUGCUUGAAUUAGCUUCAUCGUCUUUGGCGUUCUUACAUCCGGCUGAUGCUGCUGCAUUUGCUGCUGAGGCAGCAGCACCGCUGCAGCAGCUGCUUGCACUGUAUCCGCAGUGUGUGGGGCUGCUGCAGUUCUUCUUAGGGCACCAGCACACCAGCAAGACGUUUGCCUGGGCCUUCUUGGAGUAUUUAACCCCCCGCUUGUCGCUGCUGCGGGAGCGGCGUGCAGCGCUGCUGCCACCAAUGCAGCCGCAGCGCAACAGAAUAAUCCCCUGCAUGCGCAGCAGCAGCAGCAGCAGCAGCAGCAGCAGCAGCGGCAGCGGGAGGGUGUACUGCAGCGGGGAUGACAGCUGCAGCAACAGCAGCGGGAACCGCCACAGCGACGAAGUGCUGCUCGAGGUGUACAGACAGUUCGAUGGCUGUGCUGCACUCGCAGCACAAGCAGAGAGCAGUGAUUUGCUGAUGCUACCCCUUGAGAUUCAAGUGCCUGUUGCAGGCCAGGGGGUUUUGUGUCUAAUGCCCUUCCCUCAUAUAUCCGCUCAACUCGUGGGGCCCUCUCAGGCCCCAGAUGCAGCAGCAACUUGUUCGAGACAUGCAUGGCAGCGGCUAUGUGCAGCAAGACCUGCUGCUGCUGCUGCUGCUGGGGGUUGCAGCUGCUGCAGCAGCAGCAGCAGCACCAACAGCAGCACCUUCUGCUGCUGCAGCAGCACGGGGGGAAGGCCCCCGAGGCAGCUUGGGCUGUCGCAGCAGCUCCUCUUCUCCGUGGAUAUCUUUGAUAGAACUGAUGCUGUUGCGGCGCAAGAUGCAUUCAAAGUCUGCGACCCAGUGGUUGACGCCGCAAUACUGCGCGGCGCCUCGCGGGUGCCCGACAGCUCGCAGCAGCUUAUUGUAAACCAUCAGGAUGUACUCAAGGCGCAAGGGUCUACGAUCCUUUCUCUGCCUGAGUUGUGCAGCAGCUCAGGCAGCAGCAGCGUGAGUCCGCAUGCACCGGAUUUUGCUGCUGCUGCUGCUGCCAGCAGCCUAUCAGAGAUAUCUCCUCGCUUAUCUCGUGUGGGGUUAGAGCGGUUGCUGCUGCAGCAGCAGCAGCACUGCUGCAUCUAUCCGUCUACUUAUCUUCCGCAGUACUAUGGCAAGGCGGGUUGCUGCUGCUGCGCCUGCACGGAUGCAGCAGCAGCAGCAGCAACUGCUGCAGCAGCAUCUGCUUCUUCUCCUGCUGCAGCGGCCGCGGCUGCUGCUGCUGUUGCUGCUGCUGGGCCCAUAUGUCUGCAGCAGCAGAAGCUAGGUUGCCGCUGCGGGCGCUGCUCGCCGCUGCUUCCGCAGCCAACGCAGCACACUGCUGCUGCUGCUGCUGCUGGACAGAUGCUGCAGCGGAUGCUGCAGCUGCGCAGCGCGGACGAGCCGAGCGCAGGUCCUUCUGCUGCAGUGCCUGACGCACCGCCGGCACCUGCAGCAGCAGGAGCAGCAGCAGCAGCAGCAGCAGCAACAGGAGCAGCAGCAACAGCAGCAGCAGCAGCAGCAGAUGCUUCUUGGCCCUUCCCUUCUGUUAAACCCUGGAGCGGCCCCAGCUCGUACAUCGAUACGGGAGAUAUAUGCCCUGGCGAAGACGGCUUGCUGCAGGCAGGCACAGGGUUUUGCCGGAUGAGCCCGGUGGCUUCGUUGGUGCGGCUCUUCCGCUAUCUCCUCAAGGCGGUUGUGGGGUGUAGAGACUGCGAAGCGACACUCAUCACUCCACCAGGUCGAUCGGUUCACUUCUUUGCUUCCUUUACCCCGCUUCUGCAUUCUUAUCUCCAGACGUGCGCGACGCAGCAGCAGUCCGCCCCUGACGUGCUGAAAGAUUUGUGGAUAGAGUUUUCUCUGUUGGCUCCCGCAAGACUGAAGCAUCUGCUGCCUCACAUGGGGUUUCUGGUGUAUCCCCUGCUGCGAUCACUGCGGAGCUCUGAUGCGGAUCUUCUAACCCUCAGCCUGCGCACCAUUGAGCUUUGGGUUGAGCAUCUGCAUGCCGACUUCGUUUACCCUGUGCUAGCUUCUCAAGUGCAGCAAGGUGCGCGGCAGCAGAGACGGACUUUGCUGCUGUCAGCGUUGCUGCAGCUGCUGCAGCCGCUGCCUCCUCCUGCUCCUACGCCUUCGUUGCUGCUGUCUCGUUACUUCAUAACAAGUUGCAGCCGCAGCAGCAGCAGCAGCAGCAGCAUCGUGCAGCAGCAGCAGCACGAAAAGCAUGCAGAGAUGGUGAUUAAGAUACUCGGUAAACUCGGCGGGAAGAACAGAGCCUUUUUAAAAGAUGCGGCUGUCUGUACACCCGAACCUUUCUUUAGACCAGUCCUCAGCAUUGGCCUCCCCAUUGGCCCUUGCAGCAGCAGCAGCAGCAGCAGCAGCGGCAGCAGCAGCAGCGUCGGGGAGUCACAGGGGCCGUCUGCAGAAAGCGAGGAGUGUUUGCUGGUUGCUGCGGCGCCGCUGCAGCAGCAGCAGCAGCAGCAGCAGCACCAGCAGGAACAGGAACGAAUUUCGUGCAUGGCUGCAGCGGCAGCAGCAGCGGCAGCACACGGCAGCUACAGCAGCAGCAGCUGCUGCUAUGAGACGGUGCUGCAGCUGGGUCUUGACCGGGUGGUGGCGCUUGUGCUGCAGCUGUUGCUGCAUGCGGAUGCAGAUAGAGCAGCAGCAAGUCUUUGCUAUGCCUCAGAGCCGCUGCUUACUUCUGUAGGGUCUCGUAUUGCUGCGCAACCGCAGCAGCAGCAGCAGCAUAAGCAGCAGCGACAGCCGCAGCAGGCUAUUCGCGCUGUGAGGAAGGCUCUAGCUAUCAUUCGCAGCCAGAAAAACAGCAGCAGCAGCAGCAGCAGCAACACGAGUGACGCCAGCGAUGGCAGCACAAUUGCUGCGGAGGAUUCCGAAGACGAGCUAAGCAGCAGCAGCGACAGCAGCAGCGGCCACACCCCUUCAGCAACAGCAGCAGCAGCAGCAGCAGAAACAGCAGCAGCGGAGACAGCAGAACGCGAAGGCCUGCAGCUGCUGCAGGGGUUGUUUGCUUCUGAUGGUGCAGCAUCGCCUGGUUUGUGUUUAUCUCUAUGUGAGAGCUGUGUUGCUGCUGAUAUGCGCAGCAGCGCGGGGCAGCUGCUGCAGCAGGUGCUGCUGCUGCUAAUGAACUUCGAGACGCCUCUGUCCCUGUAUUGGCUGCUGCUCACCACACGUGCUGCAGCUGCCACGCUGCAGCAGCAACAGCAACAGCAGCAGCAGGCGCGAGUCAUAUAUGUGAACGACAGAAGCAGCAGCACGAGUAAAAGCAGCAGCAGCAGCAGCACUGUGGCUGCUGAGGCGAAGGGGCUCCCGCUGCUGCCGCAGUCGGGUGUGCGGCUUCCUGCUGCUGUUGCUGCUGCGCUGCAGCAGCGGCAGGUGGACUUCUGCAGCGACAAGGUGGUGCCAGCAGCAGCAGCAGCACAGCAGCAGGAGCUCCUGGAGCGGCAGCAGUUGCUGCUGAAGCAGCAGCAGCAGCAGUGGGAUGGUCUUGCUGCUGCUGCUGUUGCAUAUCCGCUUGAUAAGCGGCGUGCUGCGCUGCGGUCGCGCAGCCACAGGGAGGCGGAGCAGCUGCUGUUGCAGCAGCUGCUGCAGGCUUUGCUGCUGCUUGCAUGCGACGACGCAGUCUAUGAAAGCAGGCAGCAGCAGCUAGCUGUGCUCAGCGAGCGCGAUCUCCCUCCCCACCAGAGGAAGCAGCAGCAGCAGCAGCACCAGCAUCAGCAGCAGCAGGCAACAACAAGCAGCAACUGCGCAGCCUUUGUAUACGGUCUGCUGCAGCACUGCGCCCUCAUAUUUGCUGCUCGUGUGGGGCCUGAAGACGCACCGCUGCUCUCAAGCAGUGCGGCCUUACACGAACUUGACGCUGCAUGCGUUGUACGGGCUUUGAUCGGCUGUCUCCGCGUGGAGGCGUCUGCGCUGCUGCCGACUUUGCAUGCAGUGCAUGCGCUUGAAAGCUGCUGCAGGACCUUUGUCUUGGGGUUGGGGCGUGGGGUUUUGUCGGAGGGUACGGACGCGCGUUUGAGUGCUUCUCUAGCAGAGGAGUUGCUGCUGCUGCUGCUGGCGCACAGCUGCCUCGGCUACUGCGGGAAGGUGCGUCUUCCUUGGCUGCUGCAGCUGUUUGCAUUGGUAGGGGGUACUCAGCAGCUUUCGGUGCAGCAGCAGCAGCAGCAGGAGCAGCACGAGCAGCAGCUGCAGCAGGAGAAGUGCCAUUCGCCGUUCCUUCGCGGCGUCCUUGCUGCAGCAGAAGCGGAGGCAGCAUUUGGUGCUGCAGCAGACGCAGCAGCAGCUGCUUCGGGAGACCCAGCAGCAGCAGCAGCUGCUGCUGCUGCUGCUCCUCCUGCUGCUGCUAAGUGGGCUCUGCCUCCCCCAAUCCCUGAGGAUUACCCGCUGCAGCAGCAGCAGAGGCGGCAGCCGUACGCGGGGGGCCCGUGGUGGCUGAAGCGCAGCGAGUUCAUCACACUGCAGCAGCUGCAGCAGCAGCAGCAACAGCAGCAGCAGCAGCAGCAGGGGCUGCGUGCACGUGCUUCGAGCGGGAGCAUUGACGACUGUUCUUCUCCCACAUCGACGGCACCAGCAGCAGCAUCAGGAACAGCAGCAGCAGCAGCAGCAGCAGCAGAUUCAUCUCAUGAUGAAGAUACAGGACGUUUGCUGCAGCGUGUGUGGAGAUGCCUCGAUAUUCAUUUGCUGCCAGCUGUCUUUCAUCAAAAUGCAGUAUGCCGAGAGUCGGCGCAGCGGCUGCUGGUGCUGCUGCCGCUGCUGAUAGGCAGCAGCGCAGCAGAAAUACUCAGUCAUAGCACUGCUCUAUCUGCUGCUUCUGCUGCUGCUGGGUCAAACAGCAGCACCACGGGACCUGCAGCUGCAUCCAGCAGCAACGCUGCAGACGACGGUGUGUUGCUGCCGGCACAGCAGCAGCAACAGCAGCAGCAGCAGCAGGAAGCAGCGGGCGGGCGUCCCAACAGCAACAGCAACACCAGCAGCAGCAACAACAACAACAACAGCUGGCCGCUGCUGCGAGUGCUGCGCUGGGUUACGCUGCGGCAUCUGCGGCUGCUGUCUCCUCUCUGGCAGGCAGCUUUCUUAGAUUGUGUUUGUUUUGUUGCUGCUCUGCGGCCACCUCCUAGGGGCCUCGUCCCUGGGAAAGCUGCACUUGCUGCUGUUGCUGCUGCUGCUGCUGCUGCAGCAGCAGCAGCAACAAAUUCGGCUUCGACAGACCAACAGCAGCUUACACAGGGGUCUGACACAGCUGUUACCACCACUGGGCCUGGAGCAGCAGCAGCUGCAGCAGCAGCUGCUGCUGCUGCUGCUAAUGCUGCAGCAGCAGAUGGACUUACUGUUAUCUGUUGGCUUCUUGAUGACACGCUGGCUGUUGUUUACCGCGGGCUGCAGAGUUUUGCUGCUGCUGCUGCCACUGCUGCAGCAGCACAAGCUGCUGCUCUCGGCGCAGGAGCUGCAGCAGCAGCAGAGGCGCAGCAGCAGCAACAGCAGCAGCAACAGCAACAGCAACAAAGAGACGGAGGCGGCACGCCUCCUGCUGCUGCCCCCAACAGCAGCAGCUUCAGCACACCAACCAACAGCCAGAACGCUGCAGCAGCUGCGCCGACGGCAGCAGCCGCAGGAACGCCAGGAGCAGCAGCAGCGGCUGCUGCUGCUGCUGCUGCAACGGCAAAGCAAGCAAGUGCACCAACAGGCGCUGUACCUUCUAUCUCAGUGGAGGCAGAUGUUUUAAAUGCGUUGCUGCUGGCAAUCCGCUUCUUGAAGCUCGCUGUGCUGCACGAGGAUUGGAGGCCGCUACUGCUGCUGCCGCGGCUGCCGCUGCAGCAGCUGCUGCGCGCAGCUCGAAAGGAGCAGCCAGCUGCUGCUGGGCAGGCGGCAGGGGCAGCAGGCAGCUCGAGCAGCAGCAGCAGCAGCAGCUCGCUCAAUGCAGCAGCAACAGCAGCAGCAGCUGCUGCUGCUGCUGCUGAAGCAAAUGUCCCCUUCGUUAUCACAUCGGCGCCCCCCUUGGCGCCUGCGCUGCAGCACUGCGUCGUAGGCAUUGCGAACUGCCUCUUCCUUUCCUUUGAGGAUCUGUCGCGUGCAGCAAUGCAUGCGCUGAAGGUGCUGCUGAAACAUGAAAGCAACUGCAACAGCAGCGGCAGCAACUCGGAGGGCAGCAGAUUAGUUGCUGCUGCGCUGGAAGACAUUGUGUGGCCGGCUGUGGAGCAGCAGUUGGCUGCAGCAGUUGCAGCAACAGCAGCAGCAGCAGCAGAUCCUGUUGCAGCAGCAGCAGCAGCAGCAGCAGAACGCGUUGGGUCUGCUCUUCUUCCAAGGGAGAACUACCUUGUGGGGCUGCUGCAGGGGGUCUCGCGUUUGCUGCACUUAAACCCUAGUGCAUGCACAGUUGAAAGGCGGCCGCAGCUGCUGCAGCUGCUGCAGCAGCUGCUGCAGCACACCUUUGCUGUUGCAGCAGUUGAAGGCUGCUACACUUCCGCCGUUGGAUGCUGCGGCACCAGCAGCAGCAGCAGCAGCACCGCAGCAGUACGAUUCCUGCACAGCGCUGCCCCCGAAGGGAUUGCGGCCUCUUCGAAUAUCCUGGUCUGGCGACCCGCGGCUGCUUGCAUAGCAGCAAUGGCGUUUUUGCCUUCGACUGGAGAUUUGCAGCAGCUGCUGCUGUCUUUGCUGCUGCCUUGCGAGAUGAAGGCGGCGCUGCGUGCAGAGAUGGACAGCAGCAGCAGCAGCAGCAGCAACUUGCGUUUUGCUGCGGUAGCAGUAACAAAGGUCUGCUAUGCGCUGCAGCAGGCCCACCCAGACCUCCUGUUUGUCGAUUUCAUGCUGUCUUCGAGCUUGCAGCAGCAACAGCAGCAACAGCAGCAGCAGCAGCAGCAACAGCACUCAUUAGUUGAGUUGUUCUGUGGAUAUCUAGACGCGGCUUCUGACGGGGUUCCUGUUCCCCCGUUGCAGGCGGUGGAGGCAGCAAGAGUAGCAGCAGCAGCUGCUGCUGCUGCUGCACCUGCUGCGGAGAAGGCAGCAGCAGCAGCAGCAGCAGCCCUUACUGCAGCAGAAGACUACCAGCUGAGGGAAGCUGAUCGAGAGGAACUGCUGCUGCAGGCGCAGCAACUCACAGCCUUUUUGCAUUUUGCGGUGUCUCCUGAGCUGCAAGGAAAGGCAGACUCGUAUUUAUUGGGUUGGCUGCAGCAGCAGCAGCAGCAACAGCAGCAGCAUCAGCAGGAGCAGCAAGAACCGCAGCAGGAAGAGGAAGUUGCAAUGCACUCGAGUGCAUUUGUGGCAUUGGUGCGGCAGCAGCAGCAGCAGCUGCAGCAGCAAACCCUUGCUGCUAUUCUUUCUCUUGUCCGCUGCUGCAGCAUCGGCAGCACUGUCUCUCGCUUCUGCUUUAUUCCUCUGUUGCUGCAGAAGCAGAUACUGCCGCAGCUGCUGCUGCGACAGAAGCAGCGCCUGCUAAUGACUUGCUUCGCUGAGCUGGAGGUUGCUGGUGCUGCAGCAGCAGCAGCAGCAACAGGUGCUGCUGCUGCUGACGCCUCCCCUCAACCAGCACCUGUAAAGGCUCUGCAGCUUUCUAUGGUCAUUGAGCUGCUGGUGCAGCCGGUGCUGCGCGAGCUGCUGCAGCCGCAAAGCAGCAGCAGCAGCAGCACAGACAGCAGCAACUCGGAGCAGCAUUUCGGGGUCCUCUCUGCAGCAGAUGCCAGGCUGCUGCUGCAGCUGCUGAGCGCCGCAGUUGUAAAGCUUGAGCCAAUAUUGAAGACCCACGACUCCCUGUGCAUGGCAUUUUUGGAGACGGUGCGGGUGGCGGUGCGUCUGCUGCUGCACGACAGCAAAGCGCGGAAGCAGCUUCUUUCUUUUGCCUGGCGUACAGCCUGUCAAGGGGACAGCAUUGCAGUGCAGCAUAUGGCGGUGUUGCUGUUGGCUGAGGUGUCUAGGCACCUGGUGCUGCAGCAGCAGCGGCUGCCGCUGCUGCUGCUGCAGUCGGUUCUGUCGUGGCAGGCGUCUCCCCGCCCUCAGUUGCUGCGUCGUGCUGCUGGUUUGCUGCUGCAGCAGCUGAUUGCUUUGCCGACGGUGCUGCUUCCGCUGCAACUGGAGCCCAGCAGCAGCGGGAGCAGCAGCUACAGCAACAACAACAGCAUCACCAGCAUCGGCAGCAGCAGCAGCAGCAGCAACGCCCGCCUCGCACCUUCCUGGCUACGCCUGCUGCUGCGGGCUUCAGGCGAUAUCCCUUUGCUGCAGUUCUUGCGGCUAGCGCAGCAGCACGAGCAGAUAUUGUUUUUCUUUCGUCGCUCUGUGGUGCAGCUGCUGCUGGGUGCAGCGCAGCAGCUGCUGCAUGCCAGCAGCAGCAGCAGCAGCAGCAGCGCAGCACCAGGCAAAACCGACGGCAGGAAGCACGUCAUAGAGAUACUCGAUAUAUUCAUCACGUGGGAGAGGAGGGCGGUGCUGCUGCAGCUUCUCAGCAGCAGCAAGCGCAGCAGCAGCAGCGCAGCGGAAGCAGCAGCAGAAGCAGCAGAAAAACGCCGCAGGCUCGAGUCGGCUGAACAGCAGCCGCAGCAGCAGGCACAGCAGCAGCAGCAACAGCAGCAGCAGGAGCACGAUGACAUGCUGGCAGACCUUCCAGCGGCGCUAGCUCUCUGCAGAGAGCAGCAGCAGCAGCAGCAACAGCGGAAGGAGCUGCAGCUGCUGCAGCACAUGGGUCAAGUGGUGUACGACAGCAGCGCAGCAGUUGCGCAGCAGCUGCACUUAGACCUGCAGCAGCAGCUGCAGCAGCAGGACUGGUGCAGCAGCAGCACUGAAUGCAACCUCGCGUACACGGAAUCUGCAGCAGCAGGAGUCGCAGCAGCAGGACAGCAGCAGCUGCCUUUAGUUGAGCUGCAUGCAGCGCAAGAGCAGCAGCAGCAGCCUCAGCAACAGCAGCAGCUGCUGGUGGCACUGGCUGCAGCACACGUUGCCGUUGAAAAUAAGGGAGUAAACUGCACCUGCAGGUGCUGCAGCAGCAGCAGCAGCAGCAGCAACAGCAGCAGCAACAGCAGCAGCAACAGCAACAGCAGCAGCAGCAGCAGCGUAGAACCCCCGAUUUGCGCUUGGCGUGGGGGGCUGCGUAAUGUGGUGCUGCUGCUGGGCACCUGCUGCAGCAGCAGCAACGCGAGGGUUUGUUCCUCACUGCAGCAUUUAGCUGCAAAGUUGGUGCUGCUGCACCGCCCUUCAGUUGGAUAUCUUGCUGCUGCUGCUGCUGGGGCCAAGGCCUUUGCUGCGUGGCGCAGCAACAGCAGCAGCAGCAGCAGCAGCAGCAGCAACUGGUGGAGCUCGCCUCCCCCGCAGCACCUGAGCCCCGAAGAUCUCCUCUAUGAACGCAUCGCUGCAGCCAUCGCGACGGCACACGUUGCCGUUGAAAAUAAGGGAGUAAACUGCACCUGCAGGUGCUGCAGCAGCAGCAACAGCAGCAGCAACAGCAGCAGCAACAGCAGCAGCAACAGCAACAGCAGCAGCAGCAGCAGCGUAGAACCCCCGAUUUGCGCUUGGCGUGGGGGGCUGCGUAAUGUGGUGCUGCUGCUGGGCACCUGCUGCAGCAGCAGCAACGCGAGGGUUUGUUCCUCACUGCAGCAUUUAGCUGCAAAGUUGGUGCUGCUGCACCGCCCUUCAGUUGGAUAUCUUGCUGCUGCUGCUGCUGGGGCCAAGGCCUUUGCUGCGUGGCGCAGCAACAGCAGCAGCAGCAGCAGCAGCAGCAGCAACUGGUGGAGCUCGCCUCCCCCGCAGCACCUGAGCCCCGAAGAUCUCCUCUAUGAACGCAUCGCUGCAGCCAUCGCGACGGGGCUGCGAUCUCUUUCCAAUCCUAAGGAGCGAUUGCUGCUUCCAGGGGAGGGAUGUGAAAUCAACAGCGUCCCGGUAAGGAUGGCAGCAGCGGUGGCGCUAUUGCGGGGGCUCAUAAGCGGCUCUACAGCAGCAGCAGCAACCGGAAGCAGCGAGAGAAGCAGCAGCAGCAGCAGAAGGAUGAGGUGUUUGUGUUCAGAGGAAACGGCGUUGGUGCGCUGCUUUUUGUUGCUUUCUACGCUGCUAUCAACUUCCUCUCAUUUGAUCUUGGGUUCGCGGGGUUCAGCAGCAGCAGCAGCAGCGGCUGCUGCUGCUGCAGCAGCAACAGGCGACGCCUCUGCGACGGCAGCAGCAGCUGCUGCUGCUGCUGCCCCCUUAAAUGCAGCAGCAGAAAAGGCUUCCUUGCUGCAGUCGCUACACCGAGCAUUUGCUGCUUGCUGCUCCCCGCUGCACCCGCUGGCUUUGGGGUGUCUAAACACUGCAGCAAGACUGGCAUUGGGCCCCUUCUUUACUCAGCCGCAGCAGCAGCAGCAACAGCUGCUGCAGCAGCAGCAGCGUGGAUGUCGCUGUUGCAGAAGGCGUGCUGCUGCUGCUGCAGCAGUUGCUAACCUAGCAGCAGUUCCGGGGGCCAGCUGGAGUGCAUGCAGAGGCAGCAGCUAUGCAGCGCAGCAGCAGCAGCACCAGCGAGAUCUGCUGCAGCUAGAGGAGAUGCAGCUGCUGCGAGUCGAAAUAAAGCGAAGCACCAGAAGCAGCAGCAGCAGGAGCAGCAGCAACGGCGGUAGGGAGGAAUUAGAAGCACUAGAGGGAGAAGCAGCAGCUGCUGCUCGUGCUGCUGCAGCAGCCUUGCAGCAGGAAGAGCAAGUGCGCACGAAGCGACGCCUCAGCGGCAGCAGCAGCAGCAGCAGCAGCAGCGACGCUGAAGCAUCAACAGCAGAGGAAGCCUCUCUAGACAAUGAAGAGGCGCGAGCUGCUGCUGAGCAGGACUUGUAUGGCGUUGCUUUUGCUGCAGCAGAUGAACCCUCCUCCGAAGAGCAGCAGCAGCAGCAGCAGCAGCAGCUGCAGCAGCUCCACAAGUGGGAGGAGGACCUGUGGUGUACGCUUGCUGCAGCAGCACCGCCGCUGCAGCAGCAGCUAAAGAAACAGCAGCUGCGGCGCCUUCCUACCCUCUACAGGAGCUUAAGAGACAUGGGAGUCUAUGAUGCAGAUACCGAAAGCUGCUGCUGCAGCAGCAGCAGCAACAAGGAUGACGGCAUGCAGAUGGAUGGCGUGCAUAGCAGCGACUGCUGCUGCAUGCAAACCAGCAGCAGCAGCAGCAGCAGGGGUUUGUUUAGUGUUGAGGAGCUGCAGCUGCUGCUCGGGGCCCUUGCACCUCUCGCGUCGCACCGCAACUCCGAAGUUAUACUGCUGCUGCAGUGGCUUGCUGUGGUGUUUGCUGCUGCUCCUCCUCCUAGAGCUUCAGACUUCUUACAGCGUACCCACAUUGCUGCUACAGCAGCUGCUGCUCUUCCUGCUGCUCCUGCAGCAGCUGCUGCGGCUCCGCUGCAGCAGCAAGUCAAGAAUGAACAGUCCUCUUCCGAGGCAGCAGCAAAUUCUGCUGCUGCUCCUGGUGCAGCUGCAGGAAGCGCUGCUGCUGCUGCUGCACCGCACAGUGCAGGUGCUGCAGCAGAGGCCCCACCUGGUGCAGCAGAUGAGUCGCAGCUGCUGCCAGUCCCGCUGCUGCAUGCGCUGCUGCAGGCUACUCAGUCUUCAGUGGCUGGGGUGCGUCGGGCUGCUCUUGUGCUGCUGGAUAUACAGCUGGUGCAGCAGCACCGGGUGUAUCUGCAGCAGCAGCAGCUGCCGUGGCGGCCAAUGGGGUGUGUAGAGCGGCUGCAGCUGCUGCUGCUGAUGCCUCACUGGGGUGUUCUCUCCUCCCGCAACGUGCUGCACACCAUUGUGUCGCUCAUGCUGCUGAACAGCAACAGCAGCAGCAGCAGCAGCAGCAGCAGUUUAAGCAACAUUGAGUUGCUGUCGCAGCCAGCCUUGCCCCCCCGUCAGCUGCUGAGGGAUGCUGCUGCUGCGCUGCUGCCGCCGCUGCUGCCGGAGCUGCAGCAGAGCCCUACCGUCAACAGCGUAUGCGAGGUUAGCGUGCUGCACCAUAUACUGCAGCAGCAGCAGCAGCAGCAAAGUGAAGACGCUGAUGAUGAUGAUGCUGCUGCAGUACCCCCGCUGGUGGCUCGUGGCAUCGCUGCCUACUCGGCCAGUGCGUCUCCCCAGCUGAAGCAGCAGCAGCCACCGCAGCAGCAGCAACAGCAGCAACAGCAGCAGCAGCAGUUUGACGGAUCUAGCAGCGUUGAGGUGUAUCUACAGCUGCAGCGUUCACAGCAGCUUCCCGGAUUUAAAGAGUGGCAGCAAUCUUUAGAAUCUGCGCUGCAGCAGCACGCGUCCUUCUGCAUGCAGCAGCUGCUACCUCCUAAUCAACAGCAGCAGCAGCAGCAGCAGCAACAGCAGCAGCAGUUAUGUCGGCUGCAAGAUGGAGAGAGCUUCUUCAGCGGGCUUGAAGUUGUAUCUUUCUUCUCUAUACCCCUCGUUGAAUAUCUUCUUGCUGCUGCACUCAAAGCCGCUUGGGCUGCAGCCUCAGACGCACAACGCGCUAACAUCGCUGAAGCUGUAGCGCUCUUCUUAUCCAGACAAAUACAAACUGACGGCAGUGACGACGGCAUGUCAGGUGGGGAUUCGCAGUCGAAGCAGCAGCAGCAGAUGCUGCAGCGUGGCAGCAGCAUGAGCAGCAGCAGCAGCAGCAGCAAGAGCCGUGUGCUGCAGCCGUUCCUCGAGGCGCUGCUGCAGCUAGACCCUCUCCCGCUGCUGCCAGUAGACGUGCUGCAGCACUUAGCGCUGCAGUGUAACUGCAGCAGGGAGUGCUUGCAGCUGCUGCAGCACAGCUACUUGCAUGCCGUCACAGCAUCCGCGGAUGCAGCAGCAGCUGCUGCUGCCGUUGCUGCACCAGCGCAGCAGAACCAACCCCAGCAGCAGCAACAGCAACAGCAGCAUCAGCAGCAACCACAGCAGCAGCAGCAACAGCAGCAACAGCAGCAGCAGCAGCAAGAGGAAGACUCCCUUGUGGACUUCGGCCUGCGGAAGUACCGUUUCUUUGACGGCGACAUCGAGCCGGAGCGCGACCCAGCAGCAGCAGCAACAGCAGCAGCAGCAGCUGCUGCUGCUGCUGAGGGACAGACCCCAGAGAACGCAGCACUUGUGGCGAUGCACAAGAAGCAGCAGCAGCAAUACUCCAGUCUGGCAAGGAAGGCUGCUGCUGGCAUGCGAUUGGAGACUGAGGAGCGACGAGAAGAGGUAACGUGGUGGGAGCGUAUGUGGAUUGACUGCUGCCGCGAGUUAAACCGAUGGAAUUCGCUUCAUGAGGUUUCACAAGCAGCAGCAAGGAGGUCUCGGCUGUCUCUGCAGUGUGCAGCAAAACUGCAGCACUGGGGAGAGAUAGACAGACUGCUGCAGCUGCACCACAUCACUGAACCCGCUACUAAAC